CCCAUGCGCCAGCAGCAACAGCAGCACGACGCGACCUCUGCCGCUGUCUCCAGCGAGGGGAACAAACAGCGACUUAAAUAAACUGCGUUUAUGUUUAUUUGUGAAUGAUUUUAGGAGCAGAAUACGUUUUGGAAGCUGGGGAACAAAGAUAACAGAGAUGCUGCGCCUGUCGCUGGUGGUUUGUAGCAGAGGAGUCGCUAAAAGGUUUUCCUCGUCGUUCUCCGGUCUGAACUCGCUACCUCCAAAUUUACUGCUGCCCUCCAACCUUGUUGAUCCUGCCAGAUUAAAGCGUUCACCUCCACCUGCAGACUGCUCCCUGCCCCUUCUGAGGAAGUGCGAUGCUGUCGUUCCUGCUCACCUGAGCCCUGUCCACACGUGGGUGGAGUCUCUGCAGAGCCCAGACAGUGAGCCCUUAGGCUUGGCUCAGCUCCACCCUGACGUUUUCGCGGUGGCUCCGAGGCUUGACAUCCUUCAUAGCGUGGAAAAGUGGCAGAGAAAUUUCAAAAGAAUUAGCCACGCCCACACGAAGGUGAGGUCAGAGGUCAGAGGAGGAGGCAAGAAACCAUGGAGGCAGAAGGGAAGUGGAAGAGCUCGUCAUGGAAGCAUCCGGUCACCGAUAUGGAAAGGAGGUGGCGUGUCUCACGGACCCAGAGGACCCACCAGUUACUACUACAUGUUACCCAUGAAGCUUCGAGUACAAGGACUGAAGGUGGCGCUGAGCUCCAAGAUGGCACAGGACUACCUUUACAUCGUGGACUCCCUGGACAUCCCCACACCAGACUCCCAGUACCUACUGGACCUGAUAAAACACAAACACUGGGGAGAGUCUGUGUUAAUAGUUGAUGUAGGUGAAGAUUUCCCAGAAAACAUUCUUCAGGCCACAGCAAACCUGAAGACAGUGAACAUCAUUCCAGCCAUCGGUCUGAACGUCCACAGCAUGCUGAAACACGAGGCCAUCGUCCUCACACUGCAAACUGUCAGGUUUCUGGAGGAGAAGCUGCUCUGGCACGACGAGCGCUUCACGCCGCUCUACCCGUUUAAACUGCCCUACUCUGACUUCCCAUAGCAAACGUGAAAUGAAUUGACUCUAUUGUUUGAAAAAUGUGUUUAUUAAGUUCAGUAUCAAAAAAACUCAAAAAUAAAUAUUUAAAAAAAGUA